AUGCCAAAGAUCACCCUCGAGGAUAUCAAGAAAUUGAGGCAUAUUGGCUCACCACCGUGGGAGUAUGGUGACUACAUUAUCUGUCCAUACGGCCAUCUUUCUUACAUUAUUCCAAUCCUGAGUAUUUUUGGGACAAUUUUCUUUUGCUCCGCAGCUUUUGGCUGUUCUUUUUCUAUUGCAAGAUCUGCUUAUCACGAGAUCUAUAUUGGAUACUGGGUCCGCGAAAGCACUGGUUUUGCGAUUUCAAAUGGGGAGGAAGGGGAUGGCAACAUCUGCGUGACCUGGCAAAAUACUGGUAGUCUGUUUGACGGCCUUUGGAGAUUUGGCAAAGCGAUUGGAAUUCUUGGAGUUAUGACUUGCUUCUUGCCGAUGUUGUUCAAUCUACUUCUAUUGUAUCGACGUCUGGAUCAGCAAUGGUUUCCUCCGUUGAUUGUUAUUCAUUUCGGAAACGCCGUGAUGUGUUUACUACUGCUUGUCGGGCUUUCGUCUCGUGUUUGCAAGAAUGAACUUUGUGAAAUGGCCCGUGGAGGAGUAGUUGCUAUCAUUGGCUGCAUUUGGUGGAUUGCUGCCGGAAUUUGUCUACUAUGCUUGUUGAGAAGAGAAAGACAGCUGAUCAUCGAAGAGGAGGAGGAGAAAGAAGAAUUCCUGGCUCUACCUGCCCCAGAAGAAGGAAAGAAAGAGUAUCCUGCUCUGCCUGCACCAAAAAAGGGGAAGAAGAAAAAAGAGGAAUUACUUGCUCUACCAGCCGCGCAAGAGCUCGAAAGCGACAGCGACGAUGAGAAUGAGGUCUAUAACGAGGACCGCAAGCGAUUGCCUGCUUCGCAAAGGAAGGAUACCAAACUCAAGGAGUUACCGGCAUCAGAAAAUGAGGAAAACAAGACCAAGAAGAAGAAGAAGAAGAAGAAGAAAGCAACAGACGUUUAA